UAGACUGCGUGGAAAGGCUUAGACCCUCCUGCUCAUGGCCUUGGUGUUUGAAGUUAUUUCCAGUUAUUUCAAGUUAUUUAAUACAGCUGAAAUUACUGUUCUCAGUUAAACAGUUGUAGUGGUUGACCACAUUUUUUCCCCUUAACUGCUGUAAUUUUUUCCCUUAAUCAUAAACCAAGCUGUUCCAAACCACCACAACUAUGAAGAUACGCAAACCGUAAAAAGAGGUGUUGAGUUUGCAGAGUUACCAAGAUAAUGCAUCUUCCCAAAGUGUGGUGAAAUUGCAAAAUACGGUAAAAGGACUCAGGGGAAGUGGCAUUCAUUCCUAGGUCCUGCUCUCCCCGGGAAGCUGAGAUCCACGAGCUGCAGAAGAGUUCCCAAGCACCCUGGCAGCUGAGAAGUAAUACUGGGCAUCAUGAAUGUCAAUGAUUUUGUAAUUCUCCCAGGCUCAAAAGCUGGAACCUCAGUGAGAUUAAAAACAAAAACUGUCAAGGAAUUGCAGUUGGAGAAAGCUCAGUUAGAAACAGAAAACAAAGAGAUGGAGAGAAGAUUAUUGCAGCUGCAGUCAAACAUGAGCAGAGAAAAAGAAGAGAGGAGGAAGUUAGGUGCUUAUCAUUGGAAAUCUGGGCAGGCAGGACCAAGGACCCCCCAAUCCCGAGUUGUGGCACCAAAUAAUGAAAACAGGAAGAAGGUUUCUCCACAAAAAGUGAAGUUACAAUUACUCAAACAUGUUCAAGAGCCAGUGAAAAAACCAGUUAAGCCUGAAAGAGGAAAUGUAGCCCAUGAACAAUUGGGAGUGAAGGGGAUGGCCUAUCGACCACCUGAAAUUAAGGGUGGGCUGCUGGAACCAGCCUCAGCAUCAGCCUCUGCAAGCCCUGGAAAGCAGGACAAAGGAUUGCUGCUGAGUGGUGCCUUUGAUGAGAAGGCAUCUGCAAAGUCUUUUCAGGAAGCUUUGCUUCAGUGGAGAAAAGGUGAAAGUGAUCCUGGAAGAGAUCCAUGUGCCAGUGAGGUCCCAUCAGAAGCUGUGGGGAAUUGUGAGGUACAGACCAAUGUGAGUGCUCUGAAGGAACCCAUCCAUGUGGAAUUCCAGAAGGAUGGCCUGAGCUACAUGGAGAAACUCCUGCUGAAGAAAUACAGAAGAACUCCAGUUGAUCAAUUUUUUGCAAGUUGCAUGAAAGAUUCAGGGCCUGUGCACGCCCUGAGUGUCCAACAGGCUGGGGCUGGAGGAGGGGGACAAGGAGAUGAUGAUGAUGAUGACAUUGAGGAGUUAACAGAUGAAGAGGUGAAGAAAUACUGGGCAUCUAUUUAUAGAGCUGAAGAAUCCAACACUGUUUCUGAAAAUGCAGAGUCCUCUUUGAAAAUUGAAUUUCUUGAUGAUUCUCAGAGCGAGGACUCGGGAGAAUCUUCAGACUCUACACUGGAGGAAACUGGAGAUGUGGGGAUGAAUAAGCAAGGAAAAACUGACCCACUGGAGUGUGGAAGAAAUCCUGUUUCUCCUAAAGAAAUUUCUCAAGAAAAACUGAUUGUCUGCAGUGGUCUUGAAAUGAAUGCUGAGCAGGAGGAGAGCACUGAACCAAAGGCAGGGAGAAGAUCACUGAGCUCCUGUGAACUUCCUGAGGAGAUCUCUGACCCCACUGAAGGAGUGAGCAAAGAUCUCAUUGGGGCUGAACUGAAGAGCAGCAGAGAUCUGGAGGCAGAACUGCAGGAGAGCAGGAGGGAGCCACAAGAACUGGGCAGGGUCUGCAACAGCCAGAGCUUGGUCUUGCCUGUAACUACAAAAUCUUCAGCAUUACAGGAUGUAGCCAAAAGACAGAAAUGUGGUUCUACAUCAUAUCAGGGACUUGAAGGUUUCUUUGUUGUAGGUGCAAACCCUAAACAAGAAAAGCUGGAGGCACCUUCUUCCCUGGCUGCUGCCUCCAGCCCUAGGGACAGGAGAAUCCCUUUUCCAGGAGAAGAGCAGUGGGUUUCUGAGAGGAGCCUAAGUGAAUAUGCUGAUGACUCUGUAGUUCAAGGUGUCUUGGAAAGUCAGCUGAACAGAGCUGCAAAUGCUUUCCAGGCCCAAAAUCAACUUUCUCAUCUGAUGGCAGCAUGGAUGCCAUGGCCAGACAUUUCAGGCCAUGAAAGUAAUUCCAACUUAGCUUGUGAAGAUGGAACCUCCUCCAGCAGAGCCAUGGAGAAGAUCUCUGGAAAUGCAGAUUUGCAGAACACCCUGGAGCUGAAAGACCACGACACAUUUGAUAUUUUUGGGGACUGGGAGGAAAGCCAAAUGGAUGCUGAGGAAGCAAUUCUGGAGGACAAACAGCAGGUUCUGGCAUUGCAGUGAACAUGGAAAACUCAGUUCAGUCUCCACCUUUGUAUGGUUCAGAACCAAGAAGAUCAAGAGGUUUUUAAGUUCUGCUCAAGACAUCAUUUACUAAGGAAUCUUCUGUAAAGUUGACAUUAAAACUUUUUUAAAAUA